AUGGGUUCGCUUCCGGGUCCGGUUGAGGGUAUUAGGAUAUCCAUCGACCGCGGUGGCACUUUUACCGACUGUGUCGCAUCCGUUCCGGGUCAAAAUGACAUCCUCGUCAAGUUGCUGUCCGUCGACCCCAGCAACUAUCCCGAUGCUCCGGUCGAGGCGAUUAGAAGAGUGCUGGAGAAGGCGACAGGGAAGGAAUACCCAAAGGGAAAGAAGAUCUCGCUGAGAGGCGUCGAGUCCAUCAAGAUGGGUACGACGGUUGCUACAAACGCACUGCUCGAGAGGAAAGGAGAGAGGACAGUAUUUGCCGUGACCAAGGGUCUCAAGGACUUGCUUCAUAUUGGCAACCAAUCCAGACCGAAGCUUUUCGACCUCGCCAUCCGCAAACCAGACGUCCUUUACUCAAAAGUCAUUGAAAUCCCAGAGAGGGUGACGCUUGAAGCUUGGUCAGAAAGCAACAAACCUGAGACCAUCAACGUCGCCUCAGACCCAGCACUAGUUACCGGCGUCACAGGCGAAGCCGUCCGCGUCCUCGAGCCCCUAGACAUCGAGACGUCGAGAAAGGCCCUCCAAGAAGCCUACGACGAAGGCUACCGAUCCAUCGCCGUCUGCCUCAUGCACAGCUACACCUUCCGCGACCACGAGGCCGCCAUAGCCCAGCUCGCCGCCGACAUCGGCUUCACCCACAUCUCCCCCAGCGCCGAGCUGUCCCCCGUCGUCAAGAUCGUCCCCCGCGGCAACUCGUCGACCGCGGACGCGUAUCUCACCCCCGAGAUCAAGCGGUACAUCGCCGGCUUCGAGGCCGGCUUCGAGGACCUCGGCACGAGCGGGUGUCGGUGCGAGUUUAUGCAGAGCGACGGCGGGUUGGUCGAGUUCUCGGGUCUGUCGGGUCUGAGGGCGAUUUUGUCUGGUCCUGCCGGUGGUGUCGUCGGCUACGCGAGGACGUGUUAUGAUGAUGGCGAUAAAACGCCUGUCAUCGGAUUUGAUAUGGGCGGUACGAGUACCGACGUCUCCAGAUAUGCCGGUGAGCUUGAACAGGUUUUCGAAACGACAACGGCUGGCGUCAUGGUACAAACACCCCAGCUGGACAUCAACACCGUCGCAGCGGGCGGUGGUAGCAUUCUGAGCUGGCAAAGCGGCAUGUUCAAAGUUGGCCCGGAGAGUGCUUCCGCUCAUCCCGGCCCUGCGUGCUACAGGAAGGGAGGUCCUCUGACAGUCACGGAUGCGAACCUUGUCCUCGGCCGUCUUCGCCCGGAGUUCUUCCCCAAGAUCUUUGGCCCCAACGAAGAUCUGCCCUUGGAUGUCGAUGCCAGCAGGCGUCUUUUCGAGGAUCUCACCGCCAGCAUCAACAAGGACGAGAACACCAACUUGAGCGUGGAGGAAGUCGCAGCAGGCUUCCUCGACGUCGCCAACGAGUCCAUGUGCCGUCCCAUCCGCACCCUCACGGAAGCAAAGGGCUACGACGCCGGCCUCCACAACCUCGCCUCCUUCGGCGGCGCCGGCGGCCAACACGCCUGCGACAUCGCAAAGACGCUCGGCAUCUCCCGCGUCCUCGUCCACAAGUACUCCUCCGUCCUCUCCGCCUACGGCAUGGCCCUCGCCGACGUCGUCCACGAGGAGCGCAGCCCCUGCGCCCUCAUCUACUCCGAAGCCAACCUCCCCGCCUUCGCCGCCGAGCUCGACAAGCUCGUCCGCAAGGCCUCCGACAUGCUCCUCAUGCAGCGCAUCCCCGAGGGGCGCAUCGACGCCGAGCGCUACCUCAACAUGCGCUUCCACGGCAGCGACACCCCGCUCAUGAUCCAGGAGACCGCCUCCGCCGCCGGGGGCGGGUACCUCGAGGCCUUCAGGUCCGCGCACCAGAAGCAGUUCGGCUUCCUCCCCGUCGGGCGGGACGUCAUCAUCGACGACUACCGCGUCCGCGCCGUCGGGCGCACCACGGUCAAGCUCCCGACGCCCUGGCCCAAGGAGCUCGCCGCGGCCGAGGCCGUCCCGGCGCCGGCGGCCAAGACGACGAAGAAGGUCUACUUCAAGGGCCUCGGCUGGGCGGAUACCCCCGUGUACGGCCUCGGCUCGCUGGCGCCUCACUCGCGCGUCGCGGGCCCGGCGCUGAUCAUGGACGACAAGCAGACCAUCGUCGUGAUCCCCGACGCGGCGGCGACGCUGCUGUCCGAUACCGUUGUCAUUGACGUCACGGUCGGGACGAAGGAGACCAUGUCCGCGACGACGGUCGACCCGAUCCAGUUGUCCAUCUUUGGCCACCGGUUCAUGGGUGUUGCGGAGCAGAUGGGACGGGCGCUGCAGAAGACGAGCGUCAGCACGAAUAUCAAGGAAAGACUGGACUUUUCGUGUACGGUUUUUUCUCCCGAUGGCGGUCUGGUUGCGAAUGCGCCUCACGUGCCUGCUAUGAUUGGAAGUAUGGCUUUCGCAGUGAAGUGGCAGAUCGACCACUGGGGUAACGACCUCAAGCCCGGAGAUGUCAUUCUGUCAAACGCGCCAGUAUGCGGCGGUACGCAUCUUCCGGACCUGACAGUCAUCACACCCAUCUUUGAUGCCGAAGGCAAGAAGAUCAUCUUCUGGACUGCCUCUAGAGGUCACCACGCUGAUGUCGGCGGCAUUCUCCCCGGCUCCAUGCCCCCCAACUCCAAGGAGCUUUGGGAGGAGGGCGCCGUCAUCAAGGCAUUCAAGGUCGUGGAAGGCGGCGUCUUCAAGGAGAAGGAGCUCACCGAUCUCCUCAUGGCGCCAGCGCACUCUCCAGGAUGCUCAGGAACAAGAUGCCUCCGCGACAACAUCUCCGACAUCAAGGCCCAGGCCGCCGCAAACCACCGCGGAAGCCAGCUCAUCCACUCCCUAAUCGAGGACUACGGCAUCGACGUCGUCCAGUUCUACAUGGGAGAGAUCCAGGGCGCAGCAGAACGCGCCGUCCGCGACAUGCUCAAGACGAUCCACGCCCGCACCGACGGCCAGCCCCUCGAGGCGAUCGACUACAUGGACGACGGCACCCCGAUCCAGCUGCGCGUCACAAUCGACCCGUCCACGGGCGGCGCCGUCUUCGACUUCGACGGCACCGGGCCCGAGGCCUACGGCAACUGGAACGCGCCCAUCGCCAUCUGCAACUCGUCCAUCAUCUUCGCCCUCCGCUGCAUGGUCGACGCCGAGAUCCCCCUCAACCAGGGCGCCAUCCGGCCCAUCGACGUGCGCGUCCCCGAGGCCUCGCUCCUGCGCCCGACCGAGCACGCCGCCGUGUGCGCCGGCAACGUGCUGACCUCGCAGCGCGUGGUGGACGUCAUCUUCAAGGCCUUCGGCGCCGCGGCCGCCAGCCAGGGGUGCAUGAACAACCUGACGUUCGGCACGGAUGAUCCGGAGACCGGGUUCGGGUACUACGAGACCAUCUGCGGCGGCGCGGGCGGCGGGCCGACGUGGGAUGGCGUGAGCGGUGUGCAUACCAACAUGACGAACACGCGGAUCACGGAUCCGGAGUCGUUGGAGAGGCGGUAUCCCGUGAUUCUCCGUCAGUUCUGUCUGCGGAAGGGUAGUGGUGGCGAGGGUGCGCAUCCCGGCGGCGACGGAAUCAUCAGGGACAUCGAGUUCGGUAUUCCGAUCAAGGUCAGCAUUCUCAGCGAGAGGAGAUCGUUUGCGCCGUAUGGCUUGAAUGGCGGCAAGGACGGUCAGCGGGGACGGAACGUGUGGAUCAAGAAGAGCGGGAGAGUUGUGAACCUCGGCGGUAAGAACACGGCCAUGAUGGACGCCGGCGACAGGAUUGUGGUUAUGUCGCCUGGUGGUGGCGGUUGGGGCAAGCCUGAAGACAGGGUCGAGGGGGAGAAGAAGCAGACGAAUGGGUUUGUGGGUGUUGCGAACGGGACGGUUGAUAUGAUCCAGAGCAUGGGAGAGUCCGCAUAG